UUCCGGUCUUAUACCCGACGACCAUCUUUGACUCACAGCAAGACAAGGGGAUAAGCUGGUUGAUAGGGGUGUUAAAGAAACCCUGGUGAUGUUGGGCUGGGCUGGCUAAAAUUAAAGACAUUUUCCAGUGGCACUUGCUACUAUACAACAGCCACAGCUUGUGUUUGCCAGAGCCUGGAAGAAAACCACAAAAAAAAAACGUGAUAAACAUUCAUCACACAAGACUUGUGCAACAUCUCAGCAUUCACAGUGCGACUUUGGCAAGACAUUCCAGCAUUUAAACUGCUUCAGGGAGUCCAGAUCCAUCUCGCUUCUGAAACUGGAAAGUGGGGGAACAGGUCCAAACUUAGUUUUGGUGGGCUUUAUCCACCUUUGCAUGAAAAGAUUGUCGUCAUUAUUAUGAAACAUGGACCAAAGUGUAGUUGACAGUCCAGUGACCUUAGUCAUCAAGGCACCAAACCAAAAAUACGAUGAUCAGACUAUAAAGUGUUUUUUGAACUGGACAGUCGGAAAAUUGAAAACACACCUUUCAGAUGUGUAUCCAAGCAAGCCGGCAUCAAAGGAUCAAAGACUUGUCUAUUCUGGCAGACUUCUUCUGGACCAUUUUCAGUUGAGAGAUGUCUUCAGAAAGCAAGAUGAGUACCACAUGGUUCACUUAGUGUGUGCCUUGCGAACCCCGUCUGUAUCACCAGAGCAUAGUGACAGUAACAUGAGCACGACGGCACCAGCAUCUCUCGGCCCCACAAACUUGGAAUCAGGAGCUUCUACUCCCACUUCAUCUCGAAGCCAAGAAACUUUGACGGCCUCCACAAGUACAAGUACAAGUACAAGUACAAGUACAGAGGGAUUGAGGCAUCGAAACAGUCAGCAGCAGCAAACCAGUCCUGAGCUGAGCUAUGCGUCUCUAGACUUUAUGCAAGAACAUCUGGGUAACCCAGUUCCCAUGCAGCAUGGCAUUCCCACUGGGUUUCCCAUGUACCCUAUAUACAACCCAAUGCAAGUGUUGUGGUGGCAGCAAAUGUACGCACGGCAGUACUACAUGCAGUUCCGAGCAGCAGCAGCAGCAGCAUCGUCCCAGGGAUCAGAUUCUGUUUUCCCAUCUAUCACUACUUCCUCCCAGUCCACCGAUCCUCCACCUCAGAACGAGCCCCCAGUCGUGCCCAACGCAGCUGUGCCGGAGAACAGGCCUGUAAACCAGAACAUCCAGAUGAACGCUCAGGGCGGCCCAGUGAUCAACGAUGACGACUUGAACCGGGACUGGUUAGACUGGAUGUACACCUUCUCCCGAGCCGCCAUUCUGCUGAGCAUCGUGUACUUCUACUCCUCAUUCAGCCGCUUUGUCAUGGUGAUGGGGGCCAUGCUGCUAGUUUACUUGCUCAGCUCACUGCUACCACCCCUGCACUGACUCGGGAGCGGCGAAGACGAACACAUGCUGUCCUCUGAAGCGUGUGCCGUCAGCCCAACCACUGCUUUUCACUCUGCAGGCCUGCCAUGCAGCCCAACCAGAGCUACAGCGUCGGAGGACAGCGCAGCUCUGGGCAGCUUACAGGCAAGCCCGCAGACGCCCAGCCAGCCUACAGGGCUCGCUGGUUUUGUGGUGAGCUCAGAAAACCCUGGCCGACCUAAGCCCUUCCCCCCCCGGGCGGCGCUUGGCCAAUUGUGCGCCACCCACUAGGAACUCCCGUCCACGGUUGGCAGUGGAAUAGCCUGGACUCGAACUGACGACCUCCAGGCUAUAGGGCGCAUCCUGCACUCCACACGGAGCGCCUUUACCGGAUGUGCCACUCAGAAGCACCACGAGUUUCUUUUAAAAGAGUUUUAACUGGCGCUCAGUAUCUAAGAUACUAAUCAAGGAGGUGUAGACUGAUAGACUGAGUAUAUGGUAAUGAACACAAUGCCUCAGAAAACUUUACAGCAGUUGAAGAAUGAACUUCCUGUGUUGAUUGUAUGCUCCACACUCUUUGUAGUUAAAGGCAGAGUAACCUUGAAAAGAAUGGCAAGAUGAUCAGAAAUAGUGAGAUCAAUACAGUUUACACUAAACCAUAAGAAAUUACUAAAUGUAAAGUAUGGCCACGAUUAUGCGUAGGACCUUUAACGUACUGGACAUGAUCUAGGGAAUCCAAUAGCCUCACAAAUUCAGAAGAGUUAGAAUCAGAUUCAGUGGUGCGGACCCCUAUUCUCA